AUGGGUAAAAUAGUGAACGAGUUAAAUGAUGCUGAGCUUAAGGCCGAAUUAAUGAAACGAGGUCUUCCUACUGCUGGAUCGAAAAAUGAACUUCUUGUUCGCCUACAGGAUUAUUUAACCCAGAAAAACCUUAACUUGGACACGCUUAAAUGCGAAAUAGAAAUAGCCGGAGACCAAUUCGUUGCUCUUGAAACUUCCAUCCAAAGCGUUGAAAAUAAAUUUCAAGAAAAAAUCGAGAAAAUGGAAGUAAAAUUCGAGAAAAUGGAAGAGAAAAUCAAAAGCAUUACAGAAGAGCUUGACAAAGUCCGAAAAAUAAAGGUCCGAGAAUAUUCUGGCCAGUACUCAAGGCAGAACGAAAUUCAUCCUCCAACAUUUGAUGGACAAACUACUUGGUCGAUAUACAAGAUGCAGUUUGAGGCAGCUGCAGUAGCAAACGAUUGGGAUGACAAAGACAAAUGUAUAGCACUGACUCUUGCCCUUAGAGGUCCUGCGGCUGAGUUAUUGCAAGCCUUGCCACCAGAAAAGAAUGGCGAUUUUAACGCUCUUGUGCAGGCCAUUGAGAGGCGCUAUGGAGAUGGCCAUAUGGGAGAAGUCUUCCGAGUUCAGCUUAGUACAAGAGUUCAGAAAAGAGGAGAAACUCUACAACAACUCCAAGCAGAUGUUGAAAGGUUGGCUCACCUGGCAUACCCAACAGCAAGUAACGAAAUAAUAAACCAGUUUGCGACAGAAGCCUUUGUUCGUGCUGUGUCUGACAUAAACCUUCAGCGAGCGAUUCGAACAGCUGGGAAACGCACCCUUCCUGAGGCACUAGCGUUCGCGCUUUCUAUGGAAACGGGAGAACAGGCAUCGCAAAGAGUUCAUGGGUUAAGAGAAGUAGCAUCAGAGGAAUGCGAGAAAAUCGCAUCUCAAGGAAGCCAGCGUGCAGGAACUGUUCGAUGUUGGAACUGUAACAAGACCGGACAUCUCCAGCGGCAGUGCAGAUUGCCACCAAGAAGAACUGCUUGCCAAAACUGUGGAAUAAGAAUCAACGAUGUGGUUCACCGUGUACAAAGGGAGCAAAUUACACCAAUUUUAAAACGUGUGGGUGCUGUCAACGAUGACUAUAUUUAUGAAACUGAACCUGUUGCUGUUCCAUCAAGCUGCGAAGAGAAACUUUCUUUGAAAGAAAAAUUAGAAAAUGAUGUAAAAAAUAGUCUCAGAACCCCACCAAAAUAUAGAAGCGGCUAA